UUUGCAUUCUUCUUAAUUUAAUUACUUCAUUCAUUUAAUCUCCUUUUUUCAAGUAUCAUCAACGAAAUUUCCCCACACUUGAAAGCAUGAAACUCGUAACUCUCUUCUUCUUCUUCUAUCUCUCGCUUCUUAUUGCAUCCUCAUUUGUUUCUGCAGCCACUCUACAACAACAGGAAGUGCAAGUUCUGAAGGAGAUAGGGAAUACACUUGGGAAGAAAGAUUGGGACUUCAGCGUAGAUCCAUGUAGUGGAGAACGAAACUGGUCUUCCCCUGCUUCCAAAUCUUACUCGACACUAAAUGCUGUCACUUGUGAUUGUUCUUUCUCUAAUAACAAUCUCUGCCAUGUUGUUGGCAUAGUUCUGAAAAGGCAAAAUCUAACUGGCACUCUUCCUCCGGAGUUUGCAAAGUUGCCUUACCUGCAAGAAAUUGAUCUCACUCUCAACUAUCUUAACGGCACAAUCCCAAAGCAAUGGAGUUCCUUGAAUGUUGUUAACAUUUCCCUUUUUGGAAAUCGAAUAACAGGCUCAAUUCCAAAGGAGCUGGGAAACAUAACUACCCUGAAAAGUUUGUCCUUGGAGUUCAAUCAACUCUCUGGAGAGCUUCCUCCUGAGCUUGGGAAUGUUUUGCAGCUUAAAAGAUUGCAUGUUAGCUCCAACUCUUUUACUGGGAAUUUACCCACUACACUUGCUAGGCUCAGUAAAUUGAAUUACGUUCGACUCAGUGAUAAUCAAUUUUCCGGAGCAAUACCCAAUUUUAUUCAGAGCUGGACAAGUCUUCAGAGGCUGGUGAUCCAUGGGAGUGGUAUGAGUGGACCAAUUCCUUCUGGAAUUUCAUUUCUGAAAAACCUUACUGAUUUGAGAAUCAGCGACUUGAAAGGACCAGAUUCUUAUUUUCCACCACUUAGUAACUUGACAAACUUGCAAACACUAGUACUGAGAAGUUGCAAUCUUAUAGGAUCGGUUCCUGAAUAUCUUGGAAAUGUAACUACUUUAAACUCGUUAGACCUCAGUUUUAACAAAUUAAGUGGAAGUAUCCCAAACUCCCUCCGUGUCCCAGAGAACAUGAAUAUACUGUACUUAACUGGAAACUUUUUCACUGGACCACUGCCAAAUUGGAUUGCUAACCCGGACUACACGGAUCUUUCGUAUAACAACUUCAGCAUCGAAAAGCCAGAGCAGUUGACAUGUCAACAAGGAACUGUAAACCUAUUUGCAUCAGCUUUGAAUGGAAAUAACUCGGGAACUUAUCCAUGUCUGGGGAUCACCAGCUGUCCUAAACCUUCAUACUCUCUCCAUAUAAAUUGUGGUGGGAAGAUCAUAACUUAUAAUGGAAACAUUACAUAUGAUGAAGAUUCACAAGAAGCUGGACCAGCAAAAUCUCUUCGUAGUGGAUCAAACUGGGCAGUUAGCAACACCGGUCACUUCUUUGAUAGUGGUAUUUCGGACUAUUAUACAUGGUCUAACAUGUCUAAGCUUGCUAUGAACAAUGCCGAACUGUACAUGGAUGCACGUGUUUCGGCGCUUUCUCUUACAUAUUAUGGGUAUUGCAUGGGAAAUGGAAGCUACACUGUAAAUCUCCAUUUUGCAGAGAUAAUGUUUACUGAUGAUCAAACAUAUAGUAGCCUUGGAAGACGUGUAUUUGACAUAUAUAUUCAGAGGAAGUUGUUGCUAAAGGAUUUCGAUAUUGCAAAAGAAGCAGGAGGAGUCAGGAAGCCCAUCAUAAAAAAUUUUACAGCUAUUGUGACCAGUGGUACCUUGGAGAUCCGCUUACAAUGGGCCGGGAAAGGGACAACUGCCAUUCCAUUUGGAUCAGUAUAUGGUCCUCUUAUAUCAGCUAUAUCUGUCAAUCCAGACUUUACACCCCCACUGGAAGAAGAAAGUAACAAAAAAGGAAGUGGCAUAGCUGUGGGGGCUAUCAUUGGAAUUGUAUUGGCUGGAGCACUUGUUAUUGUCAUGGCAUUUGGUAUAGCUUGGUGGAGAGGAUGUUUACGACAAAAAGGUUCAUUAUAUAGAGACCUACAGGGUUUGGAUCUAAAAACUGGCAUAUUUACCUUAAGGCAAAUCAAAGCAGCAACAAACAACUUUAGUGUUGCCUGCAAGAUUGGAGAAGGAGGGUUCGGUCCAGUAUAUAAGGGUAUUCUUCCAGAUGGCACAGCAAUAGCAGUUAAACAGCUUUCUUCUAGAUCGAAGCAGGGGAAUCGUGAGUUCACAAAUGAGAUUGGCAUGAUUUCUGCUUUGCAACACCCGUGUCUAGUUAAGCUCUAUGGCUGUUGUAUGGAGGGAGAUCAAAUGUUGUUGAUAUAUGAAUAUAUGGAAAACAACAGCCUUGCCAGUGCUCUGUGGGGCAAAGAGAAAACUCAAUUGAAAUUGGACUGGUCAACAAGGCGCAAGAUUUGUAUAGGCGUUGCUAAAGGCUUGGCUUACCUCCAUGGAGAGUCAAGAUUAAAAAUAGUUCAUAGGGACAUCAAGGCUACUAAUGUGUUGCUGGAUAAAGAUCUAAACCCAAAAAUAUCGGAUUUCGGUUUGGCCAAGCUUGAUGAAGAGGGUCAAACACACAUAAGCACUAAAGUGGCUGGCACUUAUGGAUAUAUGGCACCCGAAUAUGCAAUGCGUGGUUAUUUGACGGACAAAGCAGAUGUGUAUAGUUUCGGAAUUGUUGCCUUGGAAAUAGUUAGCGGCAAAAGCAACAACAUGGGCUGGCAAAAGGAAGAAUGCUUCUCUCUUUUUGACUGGGCUCUUCUCUUGAAAGAGAAAGGUGAUCUAACGGACCUAGUUGAUGAGAAGUUGGGUUCACACUACAAAAAAGAUGAAGCAAUGCUCAUCAUCAAUGUGGCUCUUCUCUGCACAAAUACCUCUCCAUUGAACCGGCCAACCAUGUCGUCAGUGGUAAGCAUGCUCGAAGGCAAAACCGCUGUACAAGAAGUGGUGCCGGACACGACGCAGGUAUUUGGCGAGAAAAAGUUAGAGAUGAUCCGAGAGUAUUACCAACAGAAGGGGAAAGAUAAGAUUCCAGACACUGAAGAAGUGAGCACAUCAACUAAUGAAACUGCUGCAUUUGUGGCUAAUUCAAAAGACAAUUCAAUCAACAUGGAUUCUUCUUAUUGGGAAAGAAGUGGUAGAUGAUCCAAAAAUAUCUCCAUAUAUAUUCUUUCAUAUUACUUGUAAGCCAACCAAAAUGGAAAUAUCUGCCCAGAAAUUUGUAUUUAUAGUUUACAACUUUGCACAAGGUUUUGUAGACUUCAAGGAUCAGGAGUCUGCUGCUAAAUGUAAUAGCAUUAGGUUUGACCGUUUGAGGCAAAAUGAGGCCACAUAUAGCUAAGAAAAAUAAGCAUCAACAUUCCGGAAUGCAUAUUUUUCCUCCGAGAAAAGCUUAGUAUACAAGCGAUUAGGGCUUGUAACUAUUACAAGUUCAUUAACGCCUAAUCCGCUAAAACACGCUGCAACUCCUACGUCACUUACACGCGCCAUACAAAGAUCCCGCGUUUGUAUAACUACCAAAUUUAAAAGAUUUGUUUCCUUCUUUGUUUUCUUUCUUUUCAAAUUUCAUCGUUCUUCUUCUCGCGCGUCUUUCCCUGAUUUUUCGAUCGUUCUUUUCCUCUCCUUUCUCAUUGGUUUGUUCUUCGUCAUUGACGUUAGUUUUUCUCUCUGUAACUCCAGCUUCGUUUUGACAUGGUGUAUUUAUAGUUUUUGACAUAGUGUAUUCUGCAACCUCUCUGUUGUUGAUGACCAGUUUGUUCCGAAGGUUGGAAUGACCUUUACCACCCUUGAAGAUGCUCGAAAGUUUUACAGAAACUAUACCAAGGUUGCAGGUUUUUCUACAAGAGUUCGGAGCACAAAUAGAAAGGAAAAUGAGAUUAAGAAUCAAUUGAUUACAUGUAGCAGAGAGGGAAAAUGAAACUCUCAUAGCAAAGACUCAUUUGAUAGGAAUUGGAAUGAUUUUCUGCUAAACUUUGGUCUUGUGGACAACAAGUGGCUUUCAUGUAGUGUUGGGUUAAAAUCUGCAGCAGGGGUGUAAAUUUAAUUUGUUAUCGGGUGUAUUUAUAGUCU